AUAAAAUUGAAAAAACAAAUCCAUUUUUCUUCGGUAUUACUGCAUCAGAUAUUUUGUGCACCGCCAUAUUCGCCACCGGCAACCACCACAUUAGUGGUUAUCUUCCUAAUCAAUACUUGUGACAAAAAAACACAAAAAAAUUAUGUGCAAAUCAGAAAUUAUCCCAAAUGUAACCCAAUUGAAACCCUAGGGGAGCAGUUAGUUGGAUUGUACUGGAGAGUAUUUCGUUUUUCUUUGUUUAAAAAGGCGAAAUUGGGAUUUUGAUUACGAAACAAAGAUCCGCCAUCGCUUCACUUACUUACUCCCUGUUUGGUAGCGAGUGGUGGGGUUUGUGUUUUUCACUUUUCAUAUUUGAAGACAAAACAAAAGAUUAAAUGUACCGGAGAGGGAUUCAGCCCUACGACCACCAGGAAGGCGGCGGUGGGAUAAAUAUAAUGGGUGGUCCGCAGCAGGAAGAUAGGGAAGCACACAAUGGGAGAUUUGCAGCCGGAGAGCCGUGCCUUGUGUUGACUUCCGAUCCCAAACCUCGCCUCCGUUGGACUGCUGAUCUUCACGACCGCUUUAUUGAUGCCAUUUCUCAGCUCGGCGGUCCCAGUAAAGCUACGCCAAAGGCCAUUAUGCGGACAAUGAAUGUGAAGGGACUAACACUUUUCCAUUUGAAGAGUCACCUCCAGAAAUACAGGCUGGGUAAGCAAUCAGGGAAAGAUAUGGGUGAAGUUUCCAAGGAUGGGUUAUCUAGCUCAUACCUGUUAGAAAACCCUGGUGCCGGUAAUUCUUCACCAACUGUUACAACUUCUGACAAGAAUGAGGGUUAUGAAGUCAAGGAGGCAUUAAGAAUUCAAAUGGAAGUGCAAAGCAAAUUAUAUCUGCAAGUUGAGGCUGAGAAGCAUUUGCAAAUUCGCCAGGAUGCAGAAAGGAGAUACUUGGCUAUGCUUGAUAGGGCUUGUAAAAUGCUUGCUGAUCAAUUUCUUGGCUGUACAGUAAUUGACACCGACAGCCAUAAGGGUUCAAGGACUAAGCUGGCAAGAAAUGUGUUGUUUGAUCCACUUGGCUUUUACCCCUUGCAAAGUGAAGCAGUUGCCGAAUUGCAAGCGCCAUCUAGCCUGCUUCAGCAAGGGGCUGAUUGUUCUACUGAAAGCUGCCUAACAUCAAACGAGAGUCCUGGAGGGCUCACUCUGGAAGGAUCUCCAGCCGGAGUUAAGAAACAAAUGUCAAGCUUAGACUCAACAACAGCAUCUCUGAUUUGGGGCGAAGCAAAAAUGAGGAGUUCAGAGGUUAACAUGAACCAAGUUAAUCCUCAUGGCGCGACGGAGUAUGGUAUAUGGAGCUGAAAAUUUCAGACUGAUGAUCCCUUGUUUGAUCUAGGGAGAUAUUAAAUUUCAAGUGUACAAAUGCUAAUGUGUUCUCAUGUCAGUCAACAGCGUUGGCAACAGUAGUAGAAAUGCUGUGUCUCUAAUUUGUAAAGUUUAAUUGCUGAAAAUGAAUGCUAGACAUUUUGCAUGUGGGGAUUUGUGGCAUUGAAAUAGUAGUUUCUUUGUUA